AUGUCUGUUACCAACGAAAACAACCUCACAACCAGCCCGAUCGUUCAGGAUCACUCGACAAACUCGCUUACUGAUAACGAGUGGGACCUCUCAUGAUCGUACUACCUCUCAUUAAACUCUAGCUAUGAAGAGGACUUGUCUGGCGACGAUAAGGGCGGCAGUAGCUCGGAAAGCGAGACUUCUGAUGAAUAGUGGGAUGCCAGCUUUUCCGAAUGCGAAUGGGCCACAGAUUCCAAUACAGAUGACUCCUGGCAUCAAUCAGACGACGUAUGGGAGACGCAAACUCCUUUCAUAUGGGGCGACAAUGAUGGAGCACAAAUUGAUUGGGACUAUGAGAAUCAGGAACUUCCAGAACGGGUGCCCGCAGAGCCGAAACCAGUAAUCAUGAUCGACACACUCGAGAAGCUCGAUGAAUUCUUGCCCGCCCUCUGUCAACUAAAGGAUGGAGUUGAGCUUGCAUUCGAUUGCGAAAGUACCCCUUCAGAGGACGAAAAUGGGGUUCAUAUUCCCGGUGGAGGUUUUGGUCGCGACGGGGACAUAUCAUUUUUGUCGAUGACCAUAAUCUCAAUGAACGAAACCUAUGUCUUCGAUGUCUGGGAGCUUAAGGGAACGACUUUUGAGCGUGAGAGUAAGGACGGUCUAUCUCUCAAGAAGGUUCUAGAGUCCCACGACAGAAUUCAGCUCUGGUGGGAUGUGCGUACUGAUUGGGAUACCUUGUUUCACAAGUUCGGGAUUCAAAUCGGCAAGGUUCGCGACGUACAGCUAAUGGAGCUUUUAUCUCGCCGAGGGACAGAGGUCAAGAAUUUGUGGCUUGAUGAGAGCUAUGAGAGAAGAAGGGGGCAAAUUUAUGACUUCGACAGAGCUGGAUGAUUGGCUGAGCGAAAAGGACGCUGGUGGAGAUUAUUUCAGAGGGCAUGGCUGGCGACCAUUGACAGCUAGACCAAUCAACGAUACUGCAAGAAACUAUAUUGCAGGCGAUACGGACUGCUUAUGUCAGUUGCAAAAUCGAUUGCAAGAUAGAUUGGGUCAUUGGGCUUUUCGCAUGCAGGGCAAAACUGUCGGGGGUCUAACGGAUGCUAUUGGAAAGCAAUCAACACUCCAAGCAACUACGAAAGACUUGAUGUAG